AUGAGAUGCGGUCAACCAGUGAUUGUUGACUACAAAGCGGAGUCCAUUGGCGCUCAUGUCAUGCAUUCAAUGCAUGAUUUCAAUGCAUUUCAAUGGCAUUCAAUGCCUUCACUUCCAAAGGGAAGCCAAUCGUACACAGUGGCCGAUGAGAUGAAGAGUCAAUACUCGACACUGUCUGACGCUUUGCUGGACUCGAGAGUGCCGUUGAGGUCGGAGGAAGAGUUUCGGUUGGGAAUCACUUUCAAUGCAAAGCUGAUAGGUUGUGGACCAGUGCCGCGACCGAACUCGCGGGUGGAGAUCGUGGCGGCGAUGCGACGGAUCCGCAGCGACUGUCGGACCCGAAAGGAUAAGAAGCGCAAAGUGUUGCUCACAGUGUCCUACGAAGGCGUUCGGGUGUCCCUCUCGGGCCGCACCGCCUCAUCCAUGCUAUGUCUCGCUCAGCAUCCGAUCCAUCGGAUCUUCUAUGUCUCGCACGACUCAUUGGAUUUGCAUAUCUUCUCAUACAUAGCACGCGAUGGCAACUCAUUCAAGUGUCUCGUCUUGAAAGCGGCCAAACAGUCGGUCGCCGUCAACGUUGUCCGCACUAUCGGUCAGGCGUUUGAAUUGUGCCAUAAGAUGGCUUUGGCCGACACGACCGUCGGUCACGACAUGUGCGCCAAUAGUAACACCAACACAACCAAUACGCCCGACAACACCACCACAACAGCCACAACCCAAGCACUCAACCAAACAAACAAUACUCAAAUGGAAAGCCUGUUACGAGACGUGGACUCAAAGUUAGACAAAUUGGCCGAAAGGGUCUCAUCACUGGAGGAACAGAUCACUACACUUGUGCUGAAAGUGAGCGCCGCUAACAAUACUCACUCGUCAUAUGCAAAGACAUUGAAUUCUCCCGACUCUCUGCUCUCUUCCCCCUCCGCGACAAACAAUCUCAUUGGAGACCUCUUUCAGAUCACUAACAAUCCUAUAUAACACAAAUCCAUAUGAAAUAUAUAUAUUAUAUUAAUUAAUGUAUAAAAUAUUUUAAUCUAAAAACACAUCACUUUUAUCGCACACAUCAAAACAGUCGGACAUUUAAUUUCCACCAAUAAUUCAUCCCCUUUUAAACCAAUCAUUGAUUUUAAAACAAAAACAAUUAAUUUAUUUUUAGUCU